AUGGCUACCUCCCUCGAGUCCUCGGUCCAGUACGAGCGUGACCUCCGCAGCUCCCACAAGGAAUGGAAGCGCAGCAAGGACUCGUCUACAAAGUGGGCCUCGGGCACUCGCGACCUCCCCGGAGUCAAGAAGAACUGGAUGACGGGUGAGCUGCUUACAAGCAACGGGCACCCGAAUCAGCUGAUCAAGUCGCGACCGGCGAGGAAGAUUCGGGGAGAUGCUUGCGGCUCCUGCGAAUACCCCAAACAAUCCUCCCGCAACCUCUACAAGCUCCGCCACCACGGUGCAGGUGGCGGCCGCUCCAACAACAUUGGCUACCACUCCAUCAACUUCCCCAAGCUUUUCGCGCACAAGGACAUUCGUUACGAUGACCGCGAGGAUUACUCCACCUCAACCCCAUCAGCAUCAUCAUCAACCCCAUCCUCUGUCUCGAAAAACCUCUUCUCGUCAGUGGUAUCAACAACGUCAACAACAGCAGCAGAGGAUAACUUCCUCUACUCCUUCGACCAAGACUCCACGCCGGGUUUUAGCCGGACCCCUUUGACUUUGGAAAACUUUGUCAAGACGGAUGAUCGUAAGACGGAGAAGUUUGUCGAGAAGGAGUAUGAGAUUCUGGAUGCGAAUGGGGAGGCGUUGAAGGGACGGAAGGCGAAGAGGAGGGGGUUGAGGGGGGGCGCUGCUGCUGCCAGCCAGCAGGAGGAGGAAGAGGUGGAGGAGGAUGAGGGGUUUGAACUUGUUUGA